CAAUUGAGUUUGUUUCUUGUUCGAACUGUCAGAAAAUGGGGCUGUUUGAUUUUUAACCCCAAAAAUGAUUAAACUUUUUAAUUUUUAUUUGUUAAUGAUUUUUACAUUAAUCAGUAUUAGAGGAAGUUUAGCUAGUGAAAUUUCCGUUAGUGUCAAAUAUUCGAAAAUAUGGGGGCCUGGGUUGCAACCACAUAUAUUUAUAAUGCCGGCGAGAUAUUUUUUUAUUCAAGCUUUCGAUAACAAUAAUAAUAGCAUAUCUUCCGAUUUAGGAAUUGUAUUUGAUGUUGUUUUGGAGGGGAAUUCAAAAACUCAGAAACCUUGUCGAAUCUGGACAAAUCAUCUUGAUAGAAAAGAUGGCUUUUAUAUUACAAGGUAUAAAAUGUACGAACCAUGUUUCAACAUGAAGAUAAUUGUACGUUACAAGGGUGAACAUGUUGAUAAAUCGCCCUACAACGUCCCAGAGACUGUUUAUCCAGAUGAUUGCAAUUGCCCCAAUUAUAGUGUUAAUCAAUUCUUAGAACGAUGGAAAUGUCGUGAUGUGCCAAAACAAAUCGUUACAGAUUUAAAGCCAUUUAAUAAUAUUAACUGGAAUGAUAUUAGGGAUAAGGUUAUCAAAAAAUUUAACCAACCUCAUUCUGUGAGUUUGUGCCAUUACAUAAUUAAAAAUAAUGUUAUUUAUCGUACAUGUUAUGGAAAAUAUGUAGGAUUUAAAAUGUUUAUGGAUAGCAUUUUACUGUCGUUAAGUAGGAAAGUUAAAUUACCAGAUCUUGAAUUUUUUGUGAAUUUAGGUGACUGGCCAUUGGUAAAUGAAAAGUCUGAAAAAUUUCCCAUAUUUUCGUGGUGUGGCAGCACAACUAGUUAUGACAUAAUUAUGCCAACAUAUGAUAUUACAGAGUCCACUCUUGAAAAUAUGGGCAGAGUGAUGUUGGACAUGUUGUCUGUACAAGGAAAUGUGGAAGGUUCCUGGAAGGAUCGGACAGAAAAGGCUUUUUGGAGAGGAAGAGAUUCUAACCAACAUCGAUUAGACCUUAUAGACAUUUCAAGACAACAUCCAGAUAUAUUUAAUGUUUCAUUAACAAAUUUCUUUUUCUUUAGAGACAAACAAGAUAUUUAUGGACCAAAAUCAGAACAUGUUUCUUUUUUUACGUUUUUUAAUUACAAAUACCAGCUGGCGUUGGAUGGUACCGUUGCUGCUUAUCGUUUUCCCUACCUUUUAGCAGGAGGUUCGCUAGUCAUUAAACAAGAAUCUCAAUAUUAUGAACACUUUUACAAUGAUCUGAUACCAAAUACUCAUUAUUUAAAAAUGAAAAGAGAUCUAUCAGAUAUGGUUGAGAAAAUAAAAUGGGCAAAAGAAAAUGAUGAAUUAGCACAAAAAAUCGCCAGAAGUGGGCAGAAAUUUGCCAAUGAAAACCUACUGCCGCAACACAUUUUUUGUUAUCAUGUCCAUUUAUUAAACGAAUUUAGUAAAAUAAUCAAAAGUAGGAUAAACAUUUUCGAAAAUAUGGAAAAAGUUGAACAAAUAAAACAACAAAAUUACUGUAAUUGUGAAACUACAGUGAAAGAUGAGCUAUAAUUAAAUGUACUAUUAAAUUAUGUAAACACCAUAAAGUUAUAUAAACCUAAA